AAGUGCGGGCUCGCGGAGUCUGUUCGGGAAAUUUGUGUUUGCUACAAAAUAUAUAUUUUAUGUAUUUAUAAGGCAAACGCUGUUUUUGUGGUACAAGAUUUUACAGUCUGUUUAUGUCGUUACUUGCGCGACAGCUCUAUGUGAGUUGUAUUACUGUUAAGUAGCUAAAACUAGCCGCUCGGUUAGCAAGUAGGUGACGUCACAUGUGUUUCCGCUGUCAUGGACGAAGACUUUUUGCUCGCUCUUCAGCUGCAGGAGCAGUUUGACAAUGAAUAUGCGAGUUCCUCGUUUUCUUCGAACGGUUUUGAGGAGACAGACUUUGGACGCAGCAGUAAAAGACAGAAGGUGGUGGCAUGUGGACCUCUGUCCAUUGUGGACGAGACGUGGGAGAUGCUGGACCCCAGUCCGGAUGUCAGGGCCUUGUUUCUGGACUUCAACGACAGGUUCUUCUGGGGUAAACUCAGUGGAGUUGAAGUUAAGUGGAGUCCCAGAAUGACACUAUGUGCUGGUGUAUGUUCUUAUGAAGGCCGAGGUGGUCUUUGUUCCAUCAGACUCAGUGAACCUCUGCUGAAGCUGAGACCCAGAAAAGAUUUGGUGGAGACUCUCCUGCAUGAAAUGAUCCAUGCUCUGCUGUUUGUAACCCAGAACAACCGAGACAGAGAGGGUCAUGGACCUGAGUUCUGCAAACAUAUGAACCGGAUCAACAAGGCCAGUGGGACAAAUAUUACAAUCUACCACAGUUUCCACGAUGAGGUUGAUGUGUACCGACAGCACUGGUGGCGAUGCAGCGGGCCCUGCCAGAACCGCAGACCUUACUUUGGUUAUGUGAAGAGGGCCAUGAACAGAGCUCCCUCUGCUCUGGAUCCCUGGUGGGAAGAUCAUCAAAGAACAUGUGGUGGAACCUACACCAAAAUCAAAGAGCCUGAGGGAUAUAGAAAAAAAGGCAAGACAGAUGGCAAAAAGAACAAAGAAAUCUCAGAGAAGGCGGCUGCGGGAAAUGAAAACUCUUCUUGUAUAAGUACAGGUUCUGGGUUCCAAGAUAUAAGGAACAUUGUUCCCUUUAGUGGGAAAGGAUUUGUGCUUGGAAGGACGUCUCAGGCCUCCACAUGUUCUACCCCAUCUGCAAAACCAUUAGUGCCUGUCAUGGAUGUUUCCUCAUCCAGCCCCAUCUCUUCGCCCAAGAAAUUCUCCUCCCCGACAUCGCUGUCCAGAAUUCCUUCUUCCCAUGUUAACCCAACGCAAGGAAUCUCCAGCACCUCUACCUCAGGUCAGAACCGACCCAUAAAGAGGUCAGUCAGUAACACUAAAGUCUUUGUUAACAUCAGCGGAUCACCAGUAAGAAUCUCAAAACCACAUGGCAGCAUCAAAGCAAACAGGGAGUGUGAAGAAAUCCCAAAGAUCAGACAGACAGCCAUCAAUGACCUCUUCAACAACACUGGUGUCAAGACAACAGCAAGUCAAACCUCAGCAGGAAGUUCUGGUCUCACUGGAACUACAUCUCCACGUGGAGUUCCACUAGGAACCCACAGUGACUGUGUAUCAGGAGCUGCUGGUGGGAGCUUGACCUCGAGAAAGAGGCUGCUGGAUGAAUGCCGGAGCUCCGCUACGAUGUUUGACUUUUUUCAGAGGACUGUAAGCACUGAUUCAUCAGCGCCCAACUCAUCUUCAGUGAGGCAAAGCACCUCCGGUGCCAGCUCCUCCUCCUCCUCGCUGACUGUCAACUGUCCCGUCUGUCAAACGAAGGUGCUGGAGUCAAACAUCAACCAGCAUCUUGAUAGCUGCCUUUCCUGAUCAGGAAAGCAUGUGAAGGUGAUGUUCCUGUAAAUAUUCUCACACAUCUUUAACUUUUCCUCUCAGGUUUGGUGUUUUCUGAUGUUUCAGUCACAUGUUUCUCAUU